AUGGCCUCCACCGCUGCCGGAGGAGGUGCGGCGCGCGUUGGCUUGAACCCUCCGCACCCGAACCCUAGCGGCGAUGGCGGCCCUAAGCUCCGGUCGCCGCCGGGGAAAGGGAAUAAGCCCGUUGCCCUCGCCGACAUCACCAACACUGGGAAGCCCAACGCCGCCAGAUCCAUCACCGCCCAAGACCUCGUCAAGGAGAACGGCAAGUUGAUGACUCUGCUCAACGAGAAGACGAAGAUCAUUGACCUCAGCAGGGUUGAGAUAUACAAGCUCCAUCUUGCGCUGCAAGCAUCGAAACAACAGAAUCUACACCUUGCUCAAAACAAUUCGCAGAUGCUUGCGGAAAUAAAUGCAGGGAAAGAUCGAACUAAGAUAUUGCAGCACGAGCUUUCUUGUACAACAGCACUGCUUAAAGUAAAGGGUUCAGAGCUUGAUAGAAAUAAAAACGCUGCUAAAGGACAGCGAAAGGGAGUGAAAGCUCAGGUAGCUGCCGUAUCAUCAAAUACCGUCUGCCUAGAGCCACCACAAGAUGGAAAACAGAAGAGAAUGCCUCAACGGAGAAGGUCUUCGAGACUGAACCAAGGUUCCUGUGAGAUUGGCGGAGUAUCUCAGAAUACAUUGCAUGAGGACACUGUAGCGCCUCUAGCUCCUUCCACUUUAAGUGUUCAAAAACAGUAUGGGCAAACCACUGGAAAACAUAUGGAGAAGUCACUGCAAAAUGAGUGCAGUGCAACAGUGCAUGAAGUGGUAAUGGCUUCAGAAUUCGAGGAAACUGAGAUAAAUGAGCAACCACAAAAAACAAAUUUGAAGGAGAUACAGGAAGCAUGUUCCAGGGAAGCUGGAGUUCAGUCUCAUAAAAUUGGUGAUAAGGCCUUCAAUAGUAAACAAAACCAUUUGACAGGAAGUGAAUCAUCUUUGUCAUUCAAUACCAUUGACCCCCCCGAGCCACCAGAAGACAACGCUAUGAAGCGGUGCUCAAAAAAACGGUCGGCCAUAGAGGAUGUAAAUGCCAAACUAGACACGACUACCCGUGAGCCAUUGCGCCAUGAAGAAAAGAGAAAGUCUCAAAGGAGAAAAUCUGCAAGACUGAAUUCAGUAUCUUCUGAGGACACGGAUAUCACUGUUGAGACUGAGCACAAAGAUGUAGCUUCUUUAGCCGGUUCCAGUUCAAAUGCCUCGAUGGAGCAGAGGACAAAUCAAGAGCAGAAUGAUGGUUGUUCCUCGAGGAAAUCUAAUGUAGAGCAGAUAUCAGGGAGGAGGUCUCUAAGGCGAGCUGCUGAAAAGGUUGUCUCAUACAAGGAGGACAUGGCUGUGGAGCAACAGUACAGUACCCGAUUUCCUCCAUUCCGCGUUCUGAAACAAGUGCUCUUGGCAUCACCAUUGCCGCCCUUGACAAUCAGCUUGACGUUGUCAAAAGCAAAGCAAAGCUAUGCCAUGGCAUCAAGGCACGUACUCAGCAUGACAGCGUAUGUCGAUGCACUUGUGCCCUCUUAUGUUCUUGAACAGCACACAUUGCUCACCUCUACCGCGGAUUUCUGCAAGAACAACAAAAUUGCUCUGGUCGACGAUGAUCAGGUUGCCAUGUCUUGA